GGGAGGAGCGUGUUGCACUGGGACGAUGCACGAUGCAGCAGUCCCGUCAAAACGUCCAGGUCCUCCUCCGGCAGCCCGACCUCUGAUACACCUGUGGUGAGCAGCACGACGCUUGGAUUUUUUUCUUUAUUUUACUUUUGCAUUAUAAACCAAAUGGAUCAAAUAUGACCGAAGCCGCUUGGAAUCAGAGCGCCGGUGCGACAUAGCAGACGCAUUUGGUUCAGGACAAAGAAAGGGGGUCUCGCUCGAAAUUACGAUGCAUCUCACAGCGGUGGUCUUCUUUCUGGUCGUGACAGGCAUCGCCAAAGGUUGGGAAUGCAACGGGGGGUGCAACACAGAAAAUGGGUUUUGUGAGAAGCCAGGGAAGUGCAGGUGCAAACCAGGGUGGCAAGGAGAGAACUGCAACCGGUGCGUGCCCUUCCCCGGCUGUCUGCACGGCACAUGUGAGAAAGCAUGGCAGUGUAUCUGCGAGGAGGGCUGGGUGGGAAGCCUCUGUGACCAAGAUACUCGCCUGUGCUCAUCCAGGCCUUGUGUUGGUAAUGCCACCUGCAUAGAGACAGGAGAGGGGGGAUACCUGUGCAUCUGUCCCCAGGGCUACACCGGUGAAAACUGCCAACUGAGGAAAGGACUUUGUCUCACAAAUGGCUCUCCUUGUCAGAAUGGAGGCACAUGUGCGGAUGCGGAUGGCUCAGCAGCUUACUCUUUCUGUUUAUGUCCCCCUGGAUUUUCUGGAGACUUCUGCGACAUCAGUGUUGACAGCUGCCAGCCUAACCCCUGCCUCAACGGAGGCAACUGUACAAACCACGGCCUAGCUUUCACAUGCGUCUGUCCGCAUGGCUUCACUGGUUUCACUUGUAAUGACACCACCAGCCUCUCCCCCUGCGCCGGCAGGCCCUGCGCCAACCGGGGCACAUGUGUUGGUCAACCUGAUGGAACCUUCCAGUGCAUUUGCCAGAAAUGGUUUACAGGACCCACAUGUUCCCUGCAGCACAGGCCGAAGGCCAAGACCAAGCCGGUCAGUGCCAGACCUGUGGACCACAGAGUGUUUGCACUGACUCCGCAGCACUACUCCCUCCCCGCUCACACUUUCCACAAGCUUCUCAGACCGCCUGAGAGAGACCUGCUCAAGAUAACCCUGAAGGAAACAGUCCACUCCCCCGGCGUCCUCGUCACCCAUGGUCAGCUCGUCUGUUUCGGCAUGUUGGCUCUGCUCACCUGCCUGGUCAUCUUGGGCACUACAGGCAUUGUGUUUUUUGGCCGCUGUGAGACGUGGCUGGCUAAUGCCAAAUACAGCCAGCUUGUCCGGCAGCAAAGAGAACACCUGCUGAGAGAAGCCGGCGGUGUGAGCCAGGAAGAACCGGAGCACUCAGUAAACAUCAUCCUGCCAGAGAAGAUUAGACUCACCAGCUUUGGGAGACACUACACCUCCAUCUGAUUAAAUUGUCUCUCCCUUCUCUCCUCUCUCCCUGUGGAAGGAGUUUAAUAUGAAUAUAAAAAUAGCACGAAGCAAAUACUAUGACUGUUGUACAGUUGUGUUAAUAAAAUGUGAGAUACUGGACUACACUGGAUUAUAUUUGAAUGUAUAGUCUACUGGACUAAGUGGACAACCAUGACGCUGGAUUGUAAAUGUACUUUUAAUUGUACUGUUGAAAAAUGACCCGUUAAAAAUGUAUGAAAUUAUAAAAGAUGCUCUUCCAAAUAGCACCUAGAUGGCCGGUUAAAAAAAAAGAUGUCAUUGUGUUGUAUUUGUUAAAGCCAUUUUUGACUUCACAGCCAUGGUUCAUCUGCUUUGUUACAUUUUGAUCGGAUAAUAAUGGGAUUAAUAUUACAAAAGGAGAAAUUAUCUAAUGAUCUAAAAAUAGCCUCUAACUAUUUGUAAUUCAAGUACUUGUACUGUUGAUUUUUAAUUUGUGAAUAAAUUAUACUAAGAUUUUAGACCAAAGCUGCCAACAUGAAUCGGUCAGACAGAAAAUUAAUCAGGAACUAUUCUGAUAAUUCUCAA